ACAAAGUCAUUGGGGACGCUCAGGGAUCCGGAAACCUCUCAUUAUGAGACACGUGUUGCAAGUUUGUUGUCAAACUUGACGAUUAAAUAUAUAAUUGUGUACGUAAAUUAAACAACAUGUCGAUAAAAAGCAUCAAAGUUCUAUCUAGAAACCCGGAUCACCAUCUUAGGGAGACUAAGAAUGAUAUCCAUAAAGUGCAGAGAAACUACGAUCCAGAUCUCCAUCCUUUUGAGGCAGUACGAGAAUACAAGUUGGCCUUAAAUGCUGUCAAACUAGAGAGGGUGUUUGCCAAGCCUUUUAUUGGAAGUCUCGUGCAUUCUGAAGGAGUGUCUGCCAUAUGCCGUCACCCAAGUAGACUGUCCUGUGUGUUCACAGGAACAGUUGAAGGGGAGUUGAAGUUAUGGGACAUUACCCACAAAAAAUGUGAAUGGACCAUUCAGGCUCACAAUGGUCAGUUAUGGGCAAUUACAGCAGCUCCUGAUGGGGCUUCAUUCUUUUCUGUUGGGAAUGACAAGACCAUAAAGCGGUGGUCCCUGCAACGGGCUCAGGAAGAGAAUGAAGAUCUACCGAUAGAUACUUGGCUGUGUGAUUCAAUCAUCACAGGCAUCACCCACCACAGAUACAAAAAUGAGUUCAUCACAUGUGGUGAGCGGGUGUUGUUAUGGGAUGCUAGCACCAAAGCCCCUAAGUUCUCCUAUGACUGGAGUACCAGUGGGGAUCGCAAUGAUGCCAGUGUCGUAUCUGUCAAGUUCAACCCUGUUGAAACUGACCUCUUUGCUUCCAGUGACCAUGCAAAUAACAUUGUUUUGUACGACACCCGAGCUAAAGAGGUGAAGAAAUUAAAGAUGACUAUGCGUGUCAAUGCCUUGGCUUGGAACCCCAUGGAGGCAUUCAUAUUGACAGCAGCCAGUGAAGAUUAUAAUGUCUACUCAUUCGAUAUCAGAAACAUGAAUAAACAGAACAGAGUUAUCAAUAUUCAUGAGGGUCAUACGUCUGCUGUCAUUGAUCUUGACUAUGCCCCAACUGGCCGAGAAUUCUGUACAGGAAGCUACGACAAAUCCAUCAGAAUUUUUAAGACAGAUGAAGGAAGAAGUCAUGAUGUUUACCAUACAAAGAGAAUGUUUAAAGUGAACUGUGUUCUCUGGUCAGGAGAUAACAAAUACAUUCUCUCUGGCUCCUCUGAUCACAAUGUUCGUGUGUGGAAAGCUAAAUCAAAUGAGAAGAUGGGUAUUAUGAGAGCCAGAGAACGUUCUGCCAUCAAUUAUGCAGAAGAGCUCAAGAGAAAGUAUGGUCACUUCCCAGAAAUGCGUAGAAUAUUACGGCAUAGACAUUUGCCCAAACACAUCUACCAUGCCAAACAGGAACAUCGUAUUAUGAAGGACAGCCGAGCCAGGAAGGAGGCUAAUCUUCGAAGACACUCAAAGCCUGGCGCAGUUCCUUAUGUACCCGCAAGACAGAAGGCUGUGGUGGGUUUGCAGGAUGAUGAAGCUGACAUGCCAAGCACUUCUCAUGCCGACAGUGAUGAAUAAAUUGUGUAAUUAUUGUUGUUAUAUAUUAGAGACAGUGUUAAGGUGUACUAUAUUAUUAUAUAAUAAACGCAUACAAAAUAAAUGGUGAA